GCCAGCGCCGGGGAGAAGGAUCCGACGGUGCCCACACACAGCCACCGCUUCCUCCUCCCGCUGCUGCCGCGCCAGUACGCCCAGGUUCUGGCUGCUGGCACCAUGCUGGCCCAUCUCCUCCUCCUUGUUCCCGGGACGUGGACAGUCCUCGAGGCUUCGCUGCCUCCGCCCGCGGCCUCGCACGCCCUCCACCUCUUCCUGAGCUUCGUGUUUCAAGCCCCCGCCACGGUGGACCUAUCGAGCUGCGCGGCGCUGGACGGCACUGUCUUCGCCGCUCUGCACCAACACACCCGGGAGAUCGUCUACCUGCGGCCCUGGGUCUACCCGGCCCUGCUGCCGGCCCAGUGGGACUAUCUGCAGAACCUCUUCCAAGUCUACGUGCACAACUUCAUCCUCCUGUGCAACAGCGAUGCCAGGGAGCAUCACGAGCCCUACCCCUUCGUGUACCAGACCCUGACCGGCUGCGAGCUGUACCCCAAUGGCUCCUACGCCAAAUUCUUCCGUCUUGGCUACAACGGGCAGGACCUCGUCUCCUUUGACGUGGACAAAGGCCUCUGGGAGAAGCAGAAAGAGGACGACGUAGCGACGCGCAUCGAAACAUCCUUCAACAGCUUCACUGGCUUAUCCAUAACGCUGCAGCAGCUCCUCAACUUCACCUGCUUCGACCACAUGGAGAAAUUCAUCCUGAAAGGGAAGGAGGAUCUGGAGAGGCAAGUGAAGCCGGUGGCUGUGGUCUUUGCCAAGGUGCCUAACCCCGCGCGCCUGCUGCUCGUCUGCCGCGUCACUGGCUUCUACCCGCGGCCCGUGAGCGUCGCCUGGCUGCGGGAUGGGCGGGAGGUGCCGCCGGGCCCGGAGCUCAGCGCCACGCCGCCGCUGCCCAACGCCGACCUCACCUACCAGCUCCGCAGCGUCCUGGCCGUGGCCCCCCGUGACGGGCACCGCUACGCCUGCCGUGUGCGGCACAGCAGCCUGGGCGGCCGUAGCCUGCUGGUGCCCUGGGCUCCGGGCAGCCCCAAGACCAGCCUGGCAGUCGGGAUCACUAUCGCCCUGCUGCUGAUCGCCGCCGCAGCCAUCGCCGGGGCUCUUUGGUGGCGGAGACGCAGGAACUGAACGUGCACGGGAGGCGUCGGGCACCAGCCGCCCACCGCGGAGGGACCCAGGACGCCCCGCGCCCGGCCGGCAGCGUGCGGCCUCCGCCAACCUCGCACAUGUCCUCGCUUGCCUCUUCCGCGCCGGCCCGAAUAAACCUCUUUAACCGCCCAGGCCAGUUUGUUUUCACGGGACAAGUCUCAUAGGAGAAGUCAGUGGGCUGGCCCGGGAUGGAGCCACCAAGCUUCGAGCUGCAGCUGAGCUUGGGGGAGGCAAGGCAGGAGUCUCGACCGCCAGUGCUGAGCCACCGGGGUCGCAGGAGGCAGUUUAUAUCACAAAUGCAAAACUUGACGAGAACAGUGAAGGAAACGUCUGCGAGCGCUUGUGAGAGCUCAGGGAAAGUCAUCUGCAGAAACAGCAUGCGUAACCAGAGAGCAAACACGUAAAAAAAGAGUUGAGUACUGUCUGUCCCAGGAGACCCCGGGGCAACACACCCAGGCCCCCGCGCAGCGCUCCCGGGAGGUUUCACCAUGCAAAUGAAUCGCUGGCGUUGAGGAGUCGCCCGACCGAGAGGAGCGGUCAAGCGUGCAGAAGCACCUGGACGCCCGGGUGCUUCACCUGAGGCCCCCCCUCCGCAUCCUCCCAGACUUCGCAGGGGGGUUCCCGCAGCUCUGGUAUGCCCUCCACAUGCCUGCGGUGACUGUCAGCGCAUGUGACCCUCCCCCGCGGGACUGUCAGUCUCCCCACACACUCCCACAGUGACUGUUAUCACGCAUGACCCUUCCUCGGCUGACCGUCAGUCUCCUCACGUGCUCCCACGGUGACCAUCAGCAUGCGUGACCAUCCCCCGGGUGACCGUUAGUCUCCGCACAUGCUCCUGAGGUGACCGUUAUCACACGUGACCCUCUCCUGCGUGACCGUUAGUCUCCCCACGUGCCCCUGAGGUGACCGUUAGCGCGCACGACCCUCCCCCCAGGCAACCGUUACCCUCCCCCGCUGCCUCCUCACGGGGCCGCUGCA